GGGCUUGGCAACCCUUUCAGCACUGUCCUAUUGCAACAGGAGGGAGGAGGAUAUACAGAGAUUACUUAAAAGCCCCCAACUUUCUCCAGGCCUCUAUUGCACUUCAGAAAUUCUGCAAGAAAAGGAAAAAAAAAAAGACUAUCUGAAAAGAAGGAUGACUGAAACAACGGACAUAGAGAAGAGGCCUCCUCUGAAUGGGAGAAGAGCCCUCCCACCAAACAACUCCAAUGAUGAAGAAAAUGAGGUCCCUGAGAUGGAGGCUUUUGGAUUGAUACCUAGAGGAUUUAAUCCAAAAGAUUACCUGCGUGUUGUGGACAUUUACAUGUUCAAGGAUCCCCAUGAGAUUAACAAGCAGGAGCACCACACUGACAAGUACUACAACCCCAAGCUGAUAGUGCGUCGGGGACAGCCUUUCCAAAUCCAGAUUGACUUCAACCGACCUUACAGGCCAGAGACGGACCAAUUCUGGCUGGAGUACUUGAUAGGUCGCUACCCACAGCAAAACAAAGGCACCUACAUCCCGAUCCCAAUCAGGAAUGUGCUGAAACCCGGCGAGUGGGGAGCCAAGAUUACCCACAGGGAGAACAACUCCAUUCGCCUGUCCAUCAUGUCCUCUGCCACCUGCAUCAUUGGGAAGUUUCGCCUGUACGUUGCCGUUUGGACUCCCUUUGGCAUCCUUCGGACACACAGAAACUCGGCAACUGACACUUACAUCCUCUUCAAUCCCUGGUGCCAGCAGGAUGCCGUGUAUCUGGAUGACGAGAGGGAAAGGGAAGAAUACGUCCUGAAUGAUGUUGGUAUUGUUUUCCAUGGAAACAUCGAAGAAAUAAAAUCAAGAAGCUGGAGUUAUGGUCAGUUUGAAGAAAACAUUCUGGAUGCUUGCCUGUUCCUGAUGGACAAGGCAGAACUGGAGCUCUCUGGGCGUGGAAACCCAAUCAAAAUCUGCCGUGUUGCCUCUGCAGUGAUCAACUCCAGGGAUGAUGAUGGUGUGAUUGCUGGAUCCUGGGACAAUACGUACUCUAAUGGGGUCCCACCUUCUGCCUGGACGGGAAGUGUUGACAUUCUUCUGGAGUAUUACAGUUCUAAGCAACCCGUGCGAUAUGGCCAGUGCUGGGUCUUUGCCGGUGUCUUCAACACAUUUCUGAGGUGCUUGGGGAUACCUGCAAGACUCAUUACCAACUAUUCUUCUGCCCAUGAUAACAAUGCCAAUUUACAGUUGGACUUCUUUCUGGAUGACGAAGGGAAAGUGGACACCAAACUUACAAAAGACUCUGUCUGGAACUACCAUUGCUGGAAUGAAGCCUGGAUGACUAGACCUGAUCUUCCUGUUGGUUUUGGAGGAUGGCAGGUUGUUGAUGGAACACCCCAAGAAACCAGCGAUGGUAUGUAUAGGUGUGGCCCAGCCUCAGUUCAAGCCAUUAAACAUGGUCACGUUUGCUUCCAGUUUGACGCUCCUUUUGUUUAUGCUGAGGUGAAUAGUGAUAUUGUUUACUUAAGAAGGGAGAAGAAUGGAACCCAAGUGAUAGAAAAUAUUGACACAAAGCAUGUUGGGCAGUUAAUUGUGACCAAGGAAGUUGGGCGUGAUGAAAUGAAGGAGAUUACUGAGGAGUACAAGUUCCAAGAAGGCUCAGAUGAGGAGAGACUGGCUCUUGAGACUGCUGUGAUGUAUGGCGUUAAAAAGCAAACUAUCCAAGAUACCUCGUAUCAGCCACAAACAGAUGUUGACAUGGAAUUCCAAGUGCAAAAGGCAGUCCUUGGCAGUGACUUUAAAGUCACUAUAAUUUUCAGGAACAAAAGUCAUAACAACUACACUGUUACUGCCUACCUUUCAGGCAACAUAGUGUUUUAUACAGGAGUCACAAAAAAGGAAUUCAAGAAACACUCUUUCAGUGCAAAACUGGAACCCUAUUCAACUGGCAAUUUCGAUGUUGUGAUCAAAUCGAGUGAGUACCUGAGUGACCUGCUGGACCAAGCCUCCUUUCAUUUCUUUGUGACGGCGCGGAUCAAUGAAACAGGGAAGAUUCUGGCCAAACAGAAGGCAACAGUCCUGGAAAUUCCUGCCCUGAGGAUCAAGACUCAAGGUGCGAUGGUAGCUGGUAAAGAAAUGACUGUGACUGUGGAAUUCACCAAUCCUCUGAAACAAACCCUGGAAAACGUCACGCUCCGCCUCGAGGGACCCGGCGUGCUGAGAACGAUGAAAAAGGAGUUCAGACAAAUCCCAGCAAACUCUACCUUGAUCUGGGACAUAAAAUGCAUCCCAAACCGACCAGGGUUACGGAAGCUGAUUGCAAGUCUGAAUUGUAAUGCUCUGAGGCAUGUGUAUGGGGAGCUGAACGUCCAGAUUCAGAAGCCAUGAACAAAGGUGCUGUCUUCAUCUCUCAUUUAGCUAUACUUCAACAUACUACAUUACAGGGGGGAAAAAUAGAGGUAGAAAUCUAUUUAUUUUUAAUUUGGUCAUCCUUGUCCUGAACAAAAUUUGUUAUGAAAAAGUAAUUGAUAACACCGGGGAGAACUUGAAAAAGUAUCUGGAUAGUGAAUGAUUUAAAAUUAGAUACACGUAAUUAAAGGCAAUUCUAGGCCAUAUUAUUCCUAUAGUUCACUUGUAUUUAUGGUCUUUUGCAUUAGUGCUGCAAGGGAAUCUGGAAAGCUCUGUUCACCAAAGUAGCCUGAACUUUAUUUUUAAUUAAGGCCUGAUAUUUCACUGAAAAUGAGAAAAAAAGAACCCACUGUUAUAAAUUCUUGGACUGAAUUACACAACCUUACGGUAGAUCAUUCAGGCUGCAAUAAAAACAGGUAUUUCUAGUUAAAGGGACUGCAUUAUCUCAUGAUAUUAGAAUUUUCCAGUUCAUGGAGAACUCGCUUUCCUGGAAGUAUCUCUCGGGUUGUGUUAUCUUCAGAAUAUUCCCAGCCCCUUGUUUCCUCUUCCUGCUUUCCUGUUCUUUUUCAUAUAUUCUUCCAUGUGUGCAGGCACCCACAUGUACUCACUCCUUGAUAUCUUGCUCUUCUUGCCCUAUUGAUACCCUGUUUCUCUCCUCUGCUCGAUGAAAAUUCAGAGUUUUUCAUGCACCUGCUCAGAGUUCAUCAUUCCGAACUUGCAUUUCCUGGUCACAUCUCUUUUAUAUGGUGUGGUCUCUCUUCAUUCUUCUCUCCCUUUCCUUCUAUCCUAAACCCAUACUGUAGCCCUAUUUCCUCUGUGUGUGUGUGUGUGUUGGGGUGUUCCCUGCUCCAGAGCAGUCCAGGCUCUGCCAGCUGAUAAAUGAGGUUAAGAAGAGAGGAGGAGUGGAGGGGGCAGCAUGAGGGUCUUCUCCUGCCAGCCUCACAAGCCUAACAAAUGUCCUGCACUGGAGCUGCCACCUGGGGAGGAUGAGUCUAGACUAAACCAUGCCUGGAAGUUUCCAUGGAAUGACAGGUGAAGCGGAAUGAUGUCCUGUUACGUGAGCGACCCCAGGAAGAUACAGGGACAGAAACUCAGCUGCAAAAGGAAUAAAAAUGUAUCCUGAGUCAGAAAUGCCCCAGGCUGGAUCUGGUUCCUGCCUUUCUUGCAGCAUAUUCCUCUGCAAGGUGCAGUGGGGCUUCCCAAAGUAUCGCUCUUCCCCUGAGGACCUUCUGGCCCAGAAGCUGCUCUGAAUCUGUGGUUUCUGUUAGUCUUCCACGCAGGGUACCGCUCCAUCCUAAGCCAUGUACCUCAUUGCGCCAGGGCAGCAGGAGAGGGGUGUGUGUGUUCAUACCUCAACUCCCCUGACAUCGUUCUUGGGAUCUUUUUCCAUGAGGUCAAGAUGCACAUGCCACAAUCUGCAGCAACUCCUCUCCAGUGGCCAGGGUGUGUAAGAGCAUGUCCCGUACCAACAGCACAGGUGAGCUAGCUGAGCUCCCAAAGAAGUUAAAAGAAGCCUCAUGCUCAUUAGACACUGGGACUUUAUUGUGCUGUGUAUGGCUGGGUCAUUUUGUCAUCUCAUUAGUGAGAGAGCAACAGAAAUAACUUACCUUCUGAUCCUCUUCUUGCUACACAUUGCCUCCUGCAGAACUUGUAAUCAGCUGUUAAAAACAAGCAAGUCCAGGGAGGGGAGAGAAAAAACGCAAGCUACUCUUUUGCUGAAGUAUGUAGAACAACUCAAAGAUUCACACCACCUCAGUGCUCCAGGAACUCCAGACUUUUGGGGGCUUUCAUUUCAGGCAUAGGCACACGCUCGUUUUGUACAGCUUAUGUGACCACGUUAGAAAUUCUGCAAUGUCAAAGUUUCCCAAACAGGUCUUCUGGUGUACAAGGGACUGAAGAGUGUGUUGUAAAUGCAAGGUGACAAUCUCUGUUAAGUAAUUAAGCAGUCCUACCGGAGCAUACAUCAUCUAAUGAAAUUAUCCAUUUUUUGCUCUUGCAUAUAAACCUGCUUUCCAUUUUUAUAACCACAGUGUAAUAAGAAUUUGAAAUAAAGCACAUGUGAUUGCACUUA